CUAUACAUUACUCUCAGUACAAACUGAUAUUUCAGAAAUAGAGGAAUUGUAUAGUCAUGAAUUGGCUUUUGAAGAGUGCAAGAAUUGGAUUCAUAUGAAGUUACCAAAUGUUACAAAAAUAAUCAUUGGAUUAACAAGUGAAGCGGCAAAAAUAGCUUGGUUUCCUCAUUCUA